AUGUCGUUUCAGAACCUGUUUGUGGCGAAGCUUCCCCGGAACCUGAACGAUGCAGACCUUGAGCAGAUCUUCGCGGAGUACAAACCAAUUAGUGCCAAGGUGAUGCUGGAUGCCUCCACUGGAAAGAGCAAAGGCUUCGGUUUCGUGCUUUUUAACACAGAGGAAGAGGGGCGCCGCGCAUAUGAUGCAAUGAAUCGUCGUCAUGUGGUAUCACAUGGUCAUCAUUUCAAUCUCUGUGUUUUCCCGUCCCAGCACUCUGGUAAAGCAGCAUUUUCGGUAUCUAAUGCUCUGUAUAUUCGCAAUAUUCCUAUUACGGUUCCACAAGAGCAGGUGGAGCAGUUCUUGGCGUCUUUCGGCACCCUGACGUACUGCGCGACGCGGGAAGACCACUACGGCAACCCGGUGUGGGUUGUGUACGCCGAGUACGACUGUCUUGAAUGCUCCAAGAAUGUGCUGCAGAAAUUGCACGGCAACUCCGAGCACUUCCGUGGCCCCCCAGUGAUGGUGAAGUAUGCUGACAGUGAGGAGGCCAAGCGUGAGCGCCGCCGCCGUCGCGAAGAAGGCAAACUUGCUCGUGCACCUGCACCACGAAGCGCUUGCGUAUUCCCGCCUCCACGGAACGCAGCUGGGAUCCCGGAAUUUCACCACAGCAAUUCCCUGGACGCCGGUACAGUGGUUUCGAGCAACAGCAGCACAAACGGUGGGGCUUGCCCACGUGGUAAUGCACAGUCUCGUGAUUCCAUUUCAGGCUCAGUGGGGCCCAACCUGAGCAGCGACUCUUCGUCAAGGGCGUCAUCUGCGUACAAGGUAAUGGACGUGUUCAAUUCCCCGCCGCCGCAACUGAUUGAGGCCGUGCAGCAGCCGCAGCAGAUGUUCUUUCCACCUCCAUUGUACCAAUUGCCUCCAAUGUAUCCGGCGGAUUUUUGUAAUCCACCGGCCCCCCCGAGCGCCCCUGCGGUGCACCCAAAAUGUGGAAGCGAAAAGUCGCAGCCAGCCGUACUUGUUCUCGAAAACGGCCAGCAGUUGCUCCUGGCGUCUAAUGCUGUCAACGUGCGUCCUUCUGAAAUGACUCCUGUUCAAGGAAACACUUUCUUCUGGGCCCCUGUGGACACGCUCUACACCCCACCCCCACCGCCGUCUUAUGCGUAUGUGCCGGUCCCGUAA